AUGAACGGACACUUGAACUUCGGCAAUCGUGAACGAGUUCUCAACUUGGGCAGAAGUUUCGAGAAGGAGCCACGUUGCGCCUUCCACACUGUGCGCUAUGACUUCAAACCUGCCUCGAUUGACUAUUCCUGUGAAGGGGAUCUAGAAGUUGGCAAAGGAGAAGAGGUUACAAUAACUCUACCAAAUAUAGAAGGUUCAACUCCACCAGUAACUGUUUUCAAAGGCUCAAAGAAACCUUAUUUGAAGGAAUGUGUAUUGUUUAUUAACCAUGAUACUGGAGAAUGUCGACUAGAAAAACUCAGCAGUAACAUUACUGUGAAAAAAACAAGGGUUGAAGGAAGUAGUAAAAUUCAGUCUCGUAUAAUAGAGCAACAGCAUCAGCAGAUGCGGAAUUCAGCCAGGACUCCCCCCAAUUUUGUGAAACAUUCUUCACCCAAAGACAAGAUGUCCCCAGCGUCUCCAAUGGAUGAUAUCGAAAGAGAACUGAAAGCAGAAGCUAGAAUGAUGGACCAGAUGAGCAGUUGUGAUGAUAGCUCAUCAGAUUCCAAAAGUUCAUCUUCUUCAAGUAGUGAGGAUAGUUCGAGUGACUCAGAAAAUGAAGAGGAUGGAUCUCCGUCUGAUUCAGGGAACCCUAACUCAGGACAUCAUACCAUGUCCACCAUGUCACGGUACAAACUUCCUGAUACAAAUGCCAGUCAUCAUAGACUCCAUGAAAGCAGUGGCCUAAUGAUGAAUACUCUAAGAAGUGAUUUGCAGCUGAGUGAUUCAGGAAGUGACAGUGAUGACUGA